AUGGAGGACAUUAAACAUGAGAUCGUUGUUCACGGCAACGCGGUACAAGGUGGGAAAAACAUCAACGUCUCGCCUCACAGCGAUCGUGCAUCCAUUACUCUGCAAAAUGAAGAACGACAGCUACACUUUUCCAUCCCUACUCCAGUCAUUGUCGAUGGAAAGCGCCUCAAAGCCGGCAAGGUCUGGAUCCGUUUCAGCACCUACGAGAAGUCGUCAGACCAUGCAUCGGUGAUCUCUUACAUCAAGAUUACGGACGCCGACAAGCAUGUAGCAACUAUUCAUGAACGUCUGACGGGACGACCAAACCAGGCAUCUAUCGAUUUCGAACGCAAGGACGUUGGCUGGGGCUUGAAUGUUACCGUUGGAUUGGAAUAUGAUAAAGGACCUGCUGUAAUUGAUAUCCAUGGCGUGGGUAUCGAUUUCUAUGCUUGA